CCCGUCGUUCCGGUUGCUUGGUGAUGGCAAAGCCGUGGCUGGCGUCCGGCCUGUUCCCACCGACUUGUGGAAACCCGAGUCGGAAGAGACAUGAAUAAAAACGCGUCCCUGGGAAGUGCCGAGACUCCGCGGCUUCCUAUGCAGCCGUAGCGGUGGUAAUCAGGAUGGAGCAAUACGUGGUCGUCAGGACGGUGGGGAGAGGCAGCUACGGAGAGGUGCAGUUGGUGAGGCACGGCAAGGACGUGAAGCAGUAUGUUGUCAAGAAACUGAAUUUGAGAAGUGUUUCCGGUCGUGAGCGCAAAGCAGCAGAACAAGAAGCCCAGCUUUUAUCCCAGCUUCGACAUCCUAAUAUUGUAACCUACAGAGAAUCAUGGGAAGGAGAUGAUGGAAUUUUAUACAUCGUGAUGGGUUACUGUGAAGGUGGAGAUUUGUAUCACAAACUGAAGGAACAGAAGGGCAAAUUGCUGCCAGAAAGUCAAGUCGUGGAAUGGUUUGUUCAGAUUGCCAUGGCAUUACAGUAUUUACAUGAAAAACAGAUCCUGCAUAGAGAUCUUAAAACUCAAAACAUCUUCUUAACAAAAUCAAACAUCAUAAAAGUUGGAGACUUGGGCAUAGCCAGAGUGUUGGAGCACCAGCAUGAUAUGGCCAGUACUCUGAUUGGAACACCGUAUUACAUGAGCCCUGAACUCUUCUGCAAUAAACCUUACAACCACAAGUCUGAUGUUUGGGCCCUUGGUUGUUGUGCAUUUGAAAUGGCAACAUUGAAACAUGCCUUUAAUGCCAAGGACAUGAAUUCAUUGGUUUUCAAGAUUAUUGAAGGAAAGCUACCACCAAUACCAAAGGAAUACAGUCAGCAGCUGGGCCAGUUGAUAAGUAGCAUGUUGAGCAGAAGACCUGAGGAGCGACCAGAUGUCAAAGCCAUUCUCAGAAAGUCGUACAUAAAGAGCCACAUUGCCUUGUUCCUGGAGGCUACAAAAGCGAAAGCUGUAAAAUCUCGUAAGAAGGCAGCUGUCCCCAUUUUAACAAAGUGUGAAUCUAGAAUCACUUUGCAGGACUUGGAUCCCACCCGGAGAUUUAUAAAGAAGGAAGAAAAUGAAUCAAAGAAAACAAAACCAAAUUAUAUCAGCUACACCAAUCAACCAGAAGAGAACUCUUCAAAUAAUUCCCACCAAACCUUGAACAGCUCCAGUGCCUCCCUAGCUACAAUAAGCAAGGUACACAUUGAUGAUAUAGUAGGACUUGAAAGAAGAAACUCCAAUCCUGGCAAAAUGAUCUUUAAUGAACCUGCACUACAUUUUAAAAACUGCGUUAAUGCAGAAUCUAAGGUACGUGUUGCCGGUGCUCUGGCUGAUGACAUUGAAAGACAUAAUGGUGUAAUGGUGGAACGGAAAGUUGAAAAGUCUCGUAACCAGAUCUUAGAUGAACUUUUGGACGGAAAGGACGAUACCUUUAAACUGCUUCAGCCUAUUUUUAAGGAAGAGCAUUCACCUGAACUGCAGGUGAAUUUUGAUUCUACAGAAAAACUUCUACAGCCGUUUGAAGCAAUUAAAAUAACAGAAGACUCUUCGGAGAAUGUCAAAAAACCAAUUGAAGAAAACCCUAUACCUUUCUCACCACAUUGUUCCUCAUCUGAGCCCUCAGUUUCACGGCAGUGCAGGCAGAACAACAAUGAACUGAAGAAGACAGAAAAGGAUCGACCAUUAUCUGCCAGGGAACGAAGGCGAUUGAAACAAUCUCGAGAGGAGUUUCCUUAUUCAGUGUCCACAUCAAGAAGAAACUCACAUUGUGGAGCUUUAGAACCAAACCCUUGUGAAGAGAACCAAAACGUGAAAGCUAUCCAAUCCUUAUCUGAUGUCGCUAUCCAUCAGGGAAAGUGCAUGAGUGAAUUAUCCCAUCACCUUUCAGAUGAUGAUGAGUAUAGUUCUUCAGCCAGCUCAACUGAUAGAUCUGAGGGGGACUGCAAAGAUGUGAAACCUGACUCCAGUGAAAUCCAUGAUCUUGUAAAAUUGAUGACUCAAACACUAAAGAGGGAUUCAAAAGAUGCCAAUGAAGAGAAUCCAUUUCCUGCACGAACACCAGAAUUCAAACUGCAACGAAAAUAUAGAGACACUCUGAUCCUUCAUGGGAAAUCUGAAGAAGAGCCAGAGGAUUUCUGUUUCAAUGACUUUCCAACAGAGGUUCCAUCCAAAAUUAAAAGAACAAUUGAAGCAUUAAGGAUUGAUGUUCUAAAAGGAUUAGGAGUGAAGCUUUUAGAAAAAGUGUAUAAUAUUAUGGAAGAUGAUAAUGAAGCCAGGAGAGAAGUAAGGAAAGUCUGCAACAAGAAAUGGGUGAAGAACUGUACCAGAAUUACAGUAUGAAGGUCAAACAGCUGAAGUUCUUUGAAGACAAUUCCAAUUUUUGACUGAGCAACAUCCAAAGCAAUUGAAUGGGUUAGAUUAAUAUAAGUGCCUAUUUACAGACACUGAUGACUUAAAGCUUGGCCAUCACAUAUGGAAAGCCCAGAUGUUUGAAUGUGUAUUGGCAAAUCCAAGAUUUCUUUUAACUUUGUUCCAUGCAAUUAAUGACAAAUAAAUUACAGAUUUGAUUACGAAGGAAUGGACAAAUGUGCUGAGCCAAAAUGACUUUCAGUUUUGGAUUAAAAUUAAAGAUGUAUCAUAUCUUUUCUAUCAACUCAUAGUUAUUUGUAAAAUAGUAAUUAGAUAAAAUUAAACAAACAUUAAUUGGCAUUGUUGAGGUAUAUUUUAGGUAAGCGUUAGCUAUCAUGAUUUUAAUAUACUUUUAGCCUUGUUAUCUUAAAUGAAUGUGACUUAUGGGUCUAAAUAUGUUGUACAUUGAUAUGCUAAUUUUUCAUUGGUUAGUUGAGACAAUUGCUAUUGUUGAUAAUUGUCUGGUUUUAACCAGAUCACUUACUGUUUUACUAUGUGAUUUAAGAAAAGUUUUUUUUUAACCAAAUCCAGAAGAACUUCUGUUCUCCUGUUUUUUUUAAAAAUUGGUUUGUAUUCUUAUAGUUUACUCCCUUAAUUUACUCUUUUACUAUGCAUUGCUUUAAAAUCUCUACUGGGGUAGUCUCAGCCCUCUCAUGGUUCACAAUAGUGUCUAAGGGUGUGGGGGAAGGGCUACACUGCACACAAAAUGCUGGAAGAAUUCAGCAAGUCAGUCAGCGUAUAUGGGAAGAAAUGAAUAGCCAAUGUUUUGGGCCUGCACCCUUUAUCAGUGUAUGUUACUUUGUAUUUCCAGCAUCUGCACUGUCAUGUGUUUCCACAAUGAACAGAUUCUCGGUUUGGUUAGUAAAAAUCAUAACUGAAUAUUUUCCUUUCCUAGACUGGAGGAAGGAAGCUACUUUGAGUUUUUUGACAUUAAUUAGUUAACUUAGCCCGUAAUGAGUUAACUUCACAUUACAGAUUCUGUACCUGACCAGGCAGAGUGUGCACAAAGAGCAGGUGGAGAAAGUUUUCUGUAGAAAUCCUGUAAUAAUAUAAAAAUCUGCCAUAUGAGCUUGAUUUGCUGAAAGUAAACCAAAAUUCACUGUAUCUGCAUACAUUGCUUGGUAAAAUCAUAUGAAUGUUAUGUAUUGAAGAAUUCAGAAAAGGAAGUGAAGAGGAGGAAAAAGAAACCAUUUUCAGAAAGUUUCAAUUCCAAUUAAAACAACUGUGAUGUGUGCAUUUGCAUUGUAUUAUUUAACAAAUACAAAGUUUAUAUAAAUUGAUCUUUUACAAAAUUAAAUAAUUUUUAAAUUUUGUUGAUGUUAUUUGCACUAAGCUUAAUCUUAACAGUCAAAGUAGAUUAGAUUUGUAAAUGUUACUGCAAUAUUUAUAAGAAAACUAAAAAUACAAUGUACACUAUCCAAAGUAAAUAAAAAUGUCAUCUGUGGAUUUUCUACAAAACAUAAUAUUCCACACUUAGCUUUUCUCUUAUCUAAUAAUGAUCUCAGUUUUAGUUCAGUGACUGGAGAACAGAAAAAAAUUAUACAACAAAAUCUAUUAGUGUGCAUAUAAAAAGGAAGUUCAAGUUUCUGUUCUCAGCUAUCCUUUACUGAUUCCUGAAAAUAGGCUGAGAAUGAUUUUUUUUUAAAUUUUUAAUAAAUUUGACAAAGAUUUGGGUACUUAUUUUGAGUUUUAUAAACUUGAAUAUUCAGGAGUGCACAAAGUUAGGAAGUAAGGAAAGACCAUAUGAAUAACAGUACAGGCGAAGUAUUAUCAAAAUUCAAAAUAUAAAUCCUAAAACCAUAUAGUGGCCUGACUAAGAAGUGAUAUUGAUAUUCGGAGUAACUUUACAAAUUUUGUACUUAGACAGGAUAAGAUAAUUGAUUUAAUCUUGAAAUGUAACUGAGUUAUAUAAAACAAUGUUUAUCAUUUUAGAAUUUAUCUUUUUUUGUUUAGGAUUGUUACGUUGUCACUGAUUUAUAUAAUGUCAAUCACCAUUGCUCUGAUGUAUUGCUUUGUUUGAAUCUCUUGUUCAUUAAUCAAGGUAAAAUGAAAGUUAUACUAAUAUGUGUGCAUUUAUGUACAGUGUAUAUAAGAAAAAGUUCACCCUCGGAAGUUUACAUGUUUUUGUUGUUUUACAACAUUUAAUUACAGUGGAUUUAAUUUGGCUUUUUUUUUACACUGAUUAACGAAAAAGACUAUAAUGUGAAAAAUUUCUGCAAAUUGGUCUAAAUUUAUUACAAUUAUUAAACAAAAUAAUGGAUUGCAUAAAUGCUCACUCCCUUCAAGUCAGUAUUUAGUAGAUACACCUUUAGCAGCAAUUACAGUCUGAGUCUGUGUGGAUAGGUCUCUAAAAGCUUUGCACAUCUGGACAUUUUUCCCCAUUCUUCUUUCCGAAACUGCUUAAGCUCUGUCAGAUUGCAAGAGGAUCAUGAGUGAACAGCUCUUUUCAAGUCCAGCCUCUCAUUCUCAAUUGGAUUCAGGUCUAGACUCCACCAUGGCCACUCCAAGACAUUAACUUUGUUGUUUUUAAGCCAUUCCUGUGUAGCUUUGGUUUUAUGCUUGGGGUCCUUGUCUUGCUGGAAAACAAACCUUCCCUCAUUUUGCAGUUCUCUUGCAAAAUGAUGAGAGGGGAUCUGAUUGAAACAUAUAAGAUUAUUAAGGGAUUGGACACGCUAGAGGCAGGAAACAUGUUCAUGAUGUUGGGGGAGUCCAGAACCAGAGGCCACAGUUUAAGAAUAAGGGGUAGGCCAUUUAGAACAGAGUUGAGGAAAAACUUUUUCACCCAGAGAGUUGUGGAUCUAUGGAAUGCUCUGCCUCAGAAGGCAGUGGAGGCCAGUUCUCUGGAUGCUUUCACGAAAGAGUUAGAUAGAGCUCUUAAAGAUAGCAAAGGAUAUGGGGAGAAGGAAGGGAUGGGGUACUGGUUGUGGAUGGUCAGCCAUGAUCACAUUGAAUGGUGGUGAUGGCUUAAAGGGCCGAAUGGCCUACUCCUGCACCUAUUGUCUAUGCUUCAGGGUAGGAUGGUGUGUUUUUGAUGAUGUGCAGUGUUUGGUUUACACCAAACAUAGCAUUUAAUCUGAUGGUCAAAAAGUUCCAAUUUUGGUUCAUCAGACCAUAGAACCUUCUUCCAGCUGACUUCAGAGUCUUCUGGUAAACUCUAGCUGUAAGUUUCUUUUUCUAACAGUGGCUUGCUCUUUGCCACUUUUCCAUAAAGCUGAAACUGGUGAAGCACCCAGGCAAUUGUUGUUGUAGGUGCAGUCUCUUCCAUCUCAACUACUGAAGCUUGUAACUCCUGCUCACUCACUAGUCCGCUUCUCGCAUGGUCACUCAGUUUCUGAGGACAGCCUGCUCGAUGCAGAUUUACAGCUGUGCCAUAUUCUUUUCACUUCUUGAUUAUGGACUUAACUACUCCAAAAGAGAGUGACUGGAAAUUUUCUUUAUCCCUCUCCUGACUUCUACUUUUCAAUAACCUUUUCACAGAGUUGUUUGGAGUGUUCUUUUGUCUUCGUGGUGUAGUUUUUGCCAAGAUACUGACUCAUCAGCAGUUGGACCUUCCAGAUCCAGGUGUAUUUUCACUGCAGUCAAUUGCAGCACCUUGACUGUACACAGGUGAUCUCAAUUUAAAUGAUUAUGUGACUUCUAAAACCAAUUGGCUGCCCCAGUGAUGCUUUGGUGUGUCAUAUUAAAGGGGGUGAAUACUUAUGCCAUUAAUUAUUUUGUGUUUUAUAUAUUAAUUUAAUCAUCUUGUAGAGAUGUUUUCACUUUGACACAAAAUAGACUUUUUCUGUUAUUCCGUGUCAAAAAAAGCCAAAUUAAAUCCACUGUGAUUCAAUGUUAUAAAACAAUGAAGCAUGAAAACUUUCAAGGGUGGUGGAUACUUUUUAUGGGCACUGUAUUUCUUGCACUACAUUUAGAGUGUAUAAUGAUGAACUUUGGGUAGUUGAAGAAAACUAUAUUUGACGUAAGCAGCAAAAUGAUAUAUACAGUGGAUUCCAGUUAAUUGGGCUAUAGGUUAAUCGGGACAGCUGCUUAUUUGGGACACUAUGCUACAUAAUUGGGGCAGGAGACUGUUGCUGAACAGGUUCUAAGCAUCAGUCGUGCGCACUUGUGUGCCCGUUAGACACUAUAUCCUACUAUGAGCUUACAGUUUUUAAAUGUCAGUUGCUCAUGUUUGCAUUCAAAAAGCAGUGAUUUUUGUCACUGUUAGCAAGAAAUAAACAGUAAGACAAUUCCAAAUGCUUUGUUCACUGCAGUUUCAAACAUUCAGGCUUGUAGAUGCCAAAAAUGGCCAGAAGUUAAAAUGAAACUACUUCAACAAGUUAGAAGCUACAAAGAAUUUGAAGGUAUCAGCAAUCAUCUUGUAUGUUAGAAUGAAAAUGAAGAUUUGGAGGAUUCAUUUGUCAACAGCAUUGUACAAAGGCAGUUCAUUAUCUGCACUAGGCGGCUAUGCUGAUUUUGUUCAUUUACAGUCAAUCAAAAGAACAAUGCAGUGUAUAAUUGAAUUAAUUCCUGCAUUAAUAACUAUUGGGAACUCACAAACGAGAAUAUCUGCAGAUGCUGGAAAUCCAAGCAACACACACACACAAACACAAAGUGCUAUAGGAACUCUGCAGGCCAGGCAACAUCUAUGGAAGAGUACAGUUAACGUUUCAGACCAAGACCCUUCAUCAGACUGUAGUACAAUUGGCAGUGUUCUAGUUCUGUAUAUUGUUUAAAACAAUUUCUUACUCAGUUUGUCAUUUUAUGUCAUAUUACCCAUUUCCAUGAAACUUUGGGUAAUUGGGCCAAAAUACACUGCUCCUUAUGUGUCCCAUUUAACUGCAAUCCACUGCAUUUUUUUUUGCUCGUCUUGAGCUUACAUUUUUAACUUUCUCUAAACUGCAUUUAUAUAAAUGAUAGUUUUGAAAAUAGAAUGUCUGGAUUGGGGUGUUGACAUGAGAACUUGUGGUGUCUUUCUCAUGUUAGCUAUGAUAGAUCAUCCUCUAAAGAACUGGGAGGACUCUAUUGCAGACAAAAGAAACUAUAGCUGCUGGAAUAUAGAUUAAAUAUAUUUGAAAAACUCAGUUCAAGCAAUACCUUUAGGGUCAAAGUCACAAGAUCACAAGACAAAGGAGCAGAAGUAGGCCAUUUGGCCCAUCUAGUCUGCUCCACCUCUCCACCAUGAGCUAUUCUGUCUAGUUCCAAUUUCCAGCUUUUUUCCCAUAUCCCUUGAUACCCUGACUAAUUAGAUACCUGUCAAUCUCCUCCUUAAAAACCUUCAAUGAUUGGGCCUCCACAGCUGUAUGUGGCAACGAAUUCCAUAAAUCCACGACCCUCUGGCUAAAAAAAUGUCUCCUCAUUUCAGUUUUAAAUGGGUACCCUCUAAUUCUAAGACUGUGACCUCUUGUCCUGGACUCACCCACCAAGGGAAACAGCCUUUCCACAUCUACUCUGUCCAAUCCUUUAAACAUUCAAAAUGUUUCUAUGAGAUCCCCUCUCAUUCUUCUAUACUCUAAUGAAUACAAUCCAAGAGCCGACAAACGCUCCUCAUAUGUUAGUCCCUGCAUUCCAGGAAUCAUCCUCAUGAAUCUGAGCCUCAUCAACACCUCCUUACUCUUAUACACUAUUCCUCUUGAAAUGAAUGGCAACAUGGCAUUCGCUUUCCUUACUGUCAAUCCAGCCUGGUGGUUAACAUUUAGGGUAUCCUGCACUAGGACCGCCAAGUCCCUUUGCACUUCCGAUUUCGAAUUUUCUCCCCAUCUAAAUAAUCUGCCCGAUUGUUUCUUCUUCCAAAAUGUACAACUGUACAUUUCUCAACAUUAUAACUCAUCUGCCAUUUCUUUGCCCAUUCUCCUAAACUGACCAAGUCUCUCUACAACCUUUCCAUUUCUUCAACACUUCCUGCUCCUCCCCCUAUCUUGGUGUGAUCCGCAAACUUAGCCACAAAACCAUUUAAUCCAUAAUCUAAAUCAUACAGUGUAAAAAGAGGCCCCAACACCGACCCCUGCAGAACACCACUACAACACACAAUACCAAUGCACAAGUCCUGCAUUGAGAUGGAAAGGGAAUAGGAAAGUUUGCUUGCCUAUACCAGAAUAAGGCCGGGGUAGAAUAGUGAUUGGUAAUAGAUGGAACCAGAGUGAAAAUGAUGGCAGGAACUAGAUGGGGAAAGGUGAACAAAGGGAGAAGAAAGCAGAUGGAAAAGCAGAGUGCAUGUGGGAAGAGAGCACUGGAGGAAUUGGUUGCCUAAAAAACUGGAGAAAAAGUGAGGGAUAAUUGGAAGUUCAGGAUCACCAAUGUAAAUCAAACAGGUGUUUUGCAAAGUGCUCAUUCAAUCUGCAUCAAAUGUAGUAUACUAGUUUGGAAGUUCUGAUGAAUUGUCGCUUCACCUUGGAAGGAUUAUUUGAAUAUCUGGGAAGGGUUCUCAAGGGAAAAUACCAUCAGGAGGGAGGUUUGAGAUGCUGAAAGUUAACGGAGAGGUGUUAUCUGAUGGUGGAAUCUGUAUUUAUUGAAUUGAGGAUGAGAAUGUGGACGUGAUGCUUGUUCUGGCUAGAAUAAAAGGAUAAAAGCAAAAAUGCAUGAAAUAGAGACAAGGUGAAUGUCUUAAUAACAUUAAAAAAAUAAAUGAGGACAUCUCAGUACUGAUGUGAGAAUGGAAUGGGAAAAAGAGUGAGAGAUAUCUGCAUUACUAUCCAUUACCUCCCACAUCACUAAUAUUCAUUUCAACCCCACGGAUUAUUUGAGCUGUUCUUUGGAAUUGCUUCAAGGAGGAAUGAAACCAUUUUAAUUUGGGGAGCUACUCUCCAACUAAUGGAAGGUGGCUACUGAGGACCUUUCUAAACUCUCUUAAAUAUCAGAGCUCACUGACUAGUGUACAUAGAUGGAGCAGCAAUUUGCAUUAAUGCCAUUUAGCAGAGAGGCGAAUCAAAUUAUCUAGUCUGAAACAUUAGAUGAGCCUUUUAGAGGCAAGAAAUUAUAUUUUUUUCCAACCCAACCAGGACGUGUUAAGAGAUUUCUGUCCACUGUUAGUUAAUCCAACUGAAGAUUAUUCAUAUAAUAGUGCUCACUAUCUAGUAGGCAAUCUAGAGAACAUCAUUGCCCAAAAUCUUUUCAUGCUCCUUCAACAUAAUUAACAGGCAGGAGUAGGCCAAGGGAGUCUGCUUUGUUAUAGAGAAAGAAUACAAGAAGCUGGAGAAAUACCAGUGCUUGAAAGAGCAGAUAGAAAGGUCAGAGUAAGGAGCACUUGGGGCUGUGACAUUUGGACUGGGAGAGUGGCUCCAACAAACCCCAGGAACAACAUCUGAGAUCUCAGUCCAGAACAGCAGUGCACUACUAGAAACAGCAAGGAUACUGUGCCAGAUCCUCAAGCUCCAGGCUUCUGGUAGAGGACCCGAGAUUGAGGGAAACAUACACAGCACCCAUAAGAGUGUGAGAAAAAAGUUAAAAUAAAAAAUAUAUUCAAUGAAUCUGCUUCUAUAGCUGUUUAAACAUGUAACAGUGUCAUUUAACAGUCAAAUUCAAUUUUGUCCUCAAACUG